AUGGUAAAAGAGUUUUUAGGGGAAAAUAGUCAAGCAGGUCAAAAUCUUUUAAGAUUAGUUUCACGUGGUAAUGCUAUUAUUUCAGAAAUUCUUCGUUUAAGUCAACACAUUCCAAGUGUAUUCAAAUUAGAAGAUAGAAAUGAAGCUAGAAGAUAUCAAGACAUUUUAUUAGAUUUUAAAUACCUUUCAAACCCAGAUUUCUAUGAAUCUAAAAUUGAAGAAAAUAGAGAUUUAGUUGAACUCGAAGCAGAAUUCAGAGAUAAUCAUAUUGAUAUUUUAGUUAGAUUUUACCACUUAUUCGAAAGUAUUUAUAAAUAUAUUGUGGAUUUAGAACAUUAUAUUGUUGAUGUCGAAAAAGGUUUUUAUAUUCAUUUAACUAUUGAGGCAAUUUUAAUUAAUGGUGAUGGUAAACAAUUAUUAUCAGAAGCAGUUUAUUUAUAUGGUGUAAUGUUAAUUUUAAUGGAUAAUUUAAUUGAAGGUCCAGUUAGAGAAAGAAUGUUAAUCUCUUAUCUUAGAAAUAAAGGUCCAGUAGAUUUACCAUUAAUUGAUGAUGUUUGCAAACUUUGUAAAUCAACUGGUUACAUUCCAGGUGGAAGAAGACCAGCAAACUAUCCAGAGGAAUAUUUUAAACGUGUCCAAUUACCAGAAAAUGUUCUUUCAAUGAUUGUUGGUCGUUUACGUUCUGAUGAUAUUUAUAAUGGUACAGAAUCAUUCCCACAACCAGAACAUAGAAGUGUAGCUUUAGCAACCCAAGCUUGUAUGGUUUACGUUAUUUUAUAUUUUAUUCCAGAUAUUUUAAAUAAUAAAAAUUCAAUUAUGAGAGAAAUUGUUGAUAAAUUUUUCCCAGAUAAUUGGGUUAUUUCAUUCUUUUUAGGGUUUACAAUCGAUUUAUCUGUAGCAUGGGAACCAUAUAGAGCAGCAAAAACCGCAAUGGCAAAUACAAUUACAUUACAAAAUGUACAAUACCAACAACAAAUAUAUUGGAAAGAAUUAGCAGAUUUAAAUAAACUUGUAGAAGAUUAUUUACUUGAGGGUUUAUUGGUCGAAGAGUAUAUUGUCGAUAAUGUUCAUAGGAUUAUUAAUUGUAUUCGUAGAUGCAAUGUUACUAUCCGUUGGUUAAUGUUACACACUAAUGCAAGCCAAAAGAGACUUAAAGAUUUGGUUUCAAUGGGCUCACAAGAUGAUGUUCUUUCACUUUUAUUAAAUACAGCACAGUUAGAAUUUGUCUUUAAAAAUAUUUUCCAAGCACUUUUAGCAACAAAAGAAGAGAAAUGGGAAGAGAAUAAGAAAUUAGCAUCAGAAAGUAUGGUUGAAUUAUCAGAAUACUUUUCAGGUGAAAAAGCUUUGACUCGUGUUAAAAAGAAUGAAAAUCUUCAAAAAUGGUUCUCUGAAAUUUCAAAUAAAAUCAACUCACUCGAUUCACAGGACAGCACAAGCACAGGUAGAAAGAUUCAACAAUUAAGCCAAGCUCUUGAAGAGGUUGAACAAUUCCAACAAAUUGAUUCAAGUAUUCAAGUCAAACAAUUUUUAAUUGAAACUCGUCAAUUCCUUACCAAAAUGAUUAAAAUUGUAAACAUUAAAGAGGAAGUACUCAUCAAUUUAUCAGUUUGUGCUGAUAUGUCAUAUGCCUGGGAUAUCAUUAACAAUUACGUUGAACAAAUGCAAAGAGGUAUCAAACAAGAUCCAAAAUGUGUAUUAAAGCUUAGAGCAACCUUUUUAAAACUUGUUUCCAUUUUAGAUUUACCAUUGGUUAGAAUUGCUCAAUGUUCCUCACCUGAUCUUAUCUCUGUAUCAGAAUAUUACUCUAGUGAAUUGGUCGGUUAUGUUAGAAAAGUUUUAGAAAUUGUUCCAAAACAAAUGUUUUUAAUUUUAAAACAAAUUAUUAAUAUGCAAACUAAUAACCUCAAAGAAUUACCAACCAAAGUCGAAAAAGAAAAGUUCCGUGAUUAUGCACAAUUAGAGCAAAGAUAUGAAUUAGCCAAAGCCACUCAUUCAGUAUCAGUUUUCACAGAAGGUAUUUUGGCUAUGGAAACUACUUUGGUAGGUAUUAUUGAAGUUGACCCAAAACAAUUACUCGAAGAUGGUAUUCGUAAAGAGUUGGUAUUACAAAUCGCUCAAGCUAUGGAUAGAACAUUAGUAUUCAAUUCAAAAAAUCAAAAACAAGAUGAACUCUUACAACGUCUUAGAGAGCUUUCAAAUAUUUUAGAUGGUUUCAGACGUUCAUUCCAAUAUAUUCAAGAUUAUGUUAACAUUCAAGGUUUAAAGAUUUGGCAAGAGGAAUUUUCACGUAUUGUAAACUUUUACGUUGAACAAGAAUGUAAUAGUUUCUUAAAAAAAAAGAUUUACGAUUGGCAAUCAUCAUUCCAAUCAGUAGCCAUUCCAAUUCCAAGAUUCGCACCACCACCAGGAGAUAAUGGUCCAGUUCAAUCAGUCAAUAUGAUUGGUCGUUUAGCAAGAGAACUUUUAAAUCAAACAAAUUGUAAAAAUACACUCUAUCUUAACCAAAUUGGUUGGUUUGAUCCAAACACUGGAAAGGAAUUGGUUGGUAUCAAUACAUGGUCAGUUCUUCACCAAUCCGUUGGAAUUUUUGGUUUAACAGGUUUAGAUAAAUUAUUCUGUUUUAUGAUGGUCAAAGAUCUUCAAGUAUUUGUUACCCAAACUCGUUCUUUGGUAGAAAAGAGUCUUAAAGGUUUUAUUAAAGAAUUUGAAGACUAUCUCAUCCCAACUACCUCAAUUCCAGAUAAUAUUCAACGUUAUCAAGUUGCUCUUGAAAAAACCAAACUUUUAGGCCCAAUUUUUAGCGAUGUUCUCACAAAGAUUGGUCAAAUUCAACUUAUUAGAAGACAAAUUUCAAAUCAAUUAAAUUUCCAUUGUAAGAUCGAUUCAAAUAUGCUUUUCUGUAGUUUAGAUAUUAUGAAUAAAUCAUUACUCAAAGAUAUUCAAUCACAUUUCCAACGUCCAGAUGAAAAAAAUCCAUACCCAUCAGAUGACAAUACAUUACUCUCUGACUUAUCACAAUUUUUAGACACAACCGGAAUUAACGAUCCAUUCACUAAAAUCUAUAUUACAACAUCACCACUCGAAGCAUUCCCAUGUUUACUUUUCCUUUUUGUUUUAUCUCAAGUCACCAAAUUCCAAUACAACAGCAAGCUCAAUGUUAUGCAAGCCAAAAAACAAAAGAAUUCUUACGAUUGGACCCCAUUCAUCACUGGUUGUAUUACAAUUCUCCAACAAUUCCAUUCACUUCAUACCCAAAAGUUUUUAGCAUUCGUUGGUCAAUAUAUUAAAUGCCAAAUCAAUAUCUCUCUUGCAAAUCCAAAGGAAACCACUGAAGAAUACCCAGAAGAUGUUGUUGCUUUAUUAAGAUUUUUAGAAGAUUUUUGUAAAUACAGCCACACUUCAAGAAAUCAAAUUAAUAAUUAUAUACCACCAUAUCUUUUUGAUCAUUUUAAUUUAUAA